AUGGUGAAAUGGUCCAUCAUCGAAUACUGCGGUUUAACCGAAAACUCAUCAUGCGGCUACUGCAAGAAUGCUGGACAUAAAGCGUCGUUAGGUACGGAGAGUGGAAUAGUGGACCCGGAUGAGGGUGACUCGGUGUCGUUUGGUGUCUGGGCUCACAGUCUCAGUUGUGACAACUACCAAGCUUUACUAGACAAAGGAUGGCGAAGGUCCGGCAAAUACAUCUAUAAACCAACAAUGGAAAAAACAUGUUGCCCGCAAUAUACAAUCAGACUAGAUUCGACAAAAUUUGUUCUUUCAAAAAGUCAGCGAAAGGUGUUACGCCAUAUGAAUGAGUUUCUGAAAAAUGAUGUGAAGCCCAAAGUUAGUGUCCGAGAAGAAGCGCCAAUGGAAGCACAUCCAGCUUCGUCAAGUAGUAUUUCUGAGAAGAAGCCACAGGAAAAAGGCGACGUUCCAUCCAAAAGGGACAAAUCAGAAAAUCCUGUACAGAAGAAGAAAGAAAUGAGAAGACAGCGAUGUUUUGAAAGAUGGAAAGCCAAGGGAUUGAAUGUGGAGGAAAUGAAAAAAGCGCGGACGGAAAAGGAGCAAGCUCGGCGAAGGACCGUAGAGUCGUAUAUUUUGGAACCAGAUGAAAAGUGGAAGCAUAAAUUGGAGGUAUGUCAUUAAUU